AUGAGGGAAUCGCGAAAAAAAGACAAUGCCGCUGUAGCUGCUCUUUUCAUCGAAAACAGCUACUGGCGAGACCACCUCUGUCUGUCCUGGGCAUUCCGCACUCUGAAAGGUUCUAAGGCUCUUUCCAAUUUCGCUGCUGAGAGUUCAUCGUCCGUCCAGUUUGAAAUUGAUCGUUCCUCGCCUCUAAAAGCACCACAUGCUGGACCCAUUGAUGCCUUCGGCGAGGUUAAUGGACUCGAGUCCUUCGUUAAAGUGACCACUUCAUUCGGUAAUGGCACUGGUGUCGUUCGAAUUGCUCAGCAGGGUGAAGAAUGGAAGCUAUUCACCAUUUUUACCACCCUUCUCGAGAUCACCAAUCACGAAGAAGUAACUAAGGAUCGCAGACCAGCCGGUGUGCAGCAUGGUGCGUAUCAAGGUCGCAAAAACUGGCAAGAUCGACGCAACGAGGAUGUCAACUUUGAAGGAAAGGAUCCGGCAGUUCUUAUCGUUGGAGCCGGACAGGGUGGUCUCACAGCUGCAGCACGUCUCAAGAUGCUUAACGUGGACACCUUGCUCAUUGAUCAAGAAGACCGAAUUGGAGAUAGCUGGCGUAAUCGCUACCACCAGCUUGUUUUGCAUGACCCCGUCUGGUACGACCACUUACCUUACCUACCCUUCCCACCGAACUGGCCCAUCUUCACGCCAAAGGAUAAACUCGCGGAUUUCUUCGAGUCAUACGUCAAGAUACUGGAGCUGGAUGUGUGGGUGCGCACCGAGCUGAAGUCCCCAUCCUGGGAUGAGAGCACUAAGAAAUGGACCAUUGUGGUUGAGCGCACGAAGGCAGAUGGCUCAGUCGAGACAAGAAAUUUGCAUCCUCGUCACGUUAUCCAGGCGACCGGACACUCGGGCAAGAAAAAUUUGCCUGAUUUCAAGGGCAUGGAGAAUUUCCAGGGUGACCGGAUCUGUCAUAGCUCCGAGUUCACGGGCGCGAAAGACGGUUCCAAGGGGAAGAAGGCUAUUGUUGUUGGAUCCUGUAAUUCCGGCCACGACAUCGCGCAGGAUUUCUACGAAAAGGGAUACGAUGUGACGAUGGUCCAGCGUAGCUCUACAUGCGUUGUUUCCUCAAACUCUAUUACUGAGAUCGCGUUGAAGGCCCUAUACUCCGAAGCUGCACCCCAGACCGAGGAUGCUGAUACGUAUCUGAUAAGUGUUGCGCCGGAGUUAUUCAAGCGCCAGCAGACUAAAGUGGACAAUUUGAUUCGCCAGAAUGAUGCUCAGACCUUGGAGGGACUGGAAAAGGCUGGCUUUGCGGUGGAUCGUGGUCCUAUGGAUGCAGGACUUGUGAUUAAGUAUUUCCAGCGCGGUGGGGGCUACUACAUUGAUGUUGGAGGAAGUCAGUUAAUUAUUGAUGGGAAGGUGAAAGUCAAGCACGGACAGGAGAUUAGUGAGAUUCUGAGCAAUGGGAUCCAAUUCGCUGAUGGCUCGGAACUUGUCGCUGAUGAGAUCAUUUUCGCCACUGGGUAUCAGAAUAUGAGGACUCAGGCGAGGACCAUCUUCGGUGAUGAUGUUGCCGAUCGUGUUAAUGAUGUCUGGGGCUUGAACCAGGAGGGUGAGUUCAGAACCAUCUGGCAGCGAAGCGGACAUCCUGGGUUCUGGUUUAUGGGUGGAAACCUUGCACUGUGCAGAUACUACUCCCGUCUUCUCGCAUUGCAGAUUAAGGCAUUGGAAGAGGGAAUUGCGCAGUACUAG